GCUCAGCAGUCAGUCCCCGUGCCGUGCCUUCAGUCAGUCGUGUGUGUGCGUGCCCCUAGUGAUUACCCCGGCUCUUAACUCCAGACAUCUCUCAUUGGUGCGGGCAUGAGGUACCACUGACUGAGUCUUCACGCACGACCACCGAUUUCGAGUUCUUUACAUACUCAGGCUGGCUGAUAGGAAACACCUCACUACAGAUCUAAGGUGACGAUUGAAGAUGGGCGGAGGAUGGGCCGCCGCCUGCCUACUACUGGCCGUAGCUGCGGUCACUGGAGAAGACCGGUGGAGCCGGCCGGCCACCCCUGAGCGCAGACAGGGUGACUGGGUACCUCUAACGUGUGCUAACUGUAGGCCGUUAGCAGAUCAGAGUGUGCAAGCGUCCAACAGUCUGCCGAGCGUGUUGACACCUCCACCCCGAGUAGAGGAGGCCAGACUGCUGCCGCCGCCGCCUCCCCCGGACCCGCUCUUCCAGCAAGCGGCCACCGGUUUCCUGCAGGCCUACACACAACAGCAAUCGGCUCACAGGAAUCCUCACCACCAGUUUCUACAAGAGACCACUUCGCAGACCGUCAACCGACCGCAAGCGCAGUUCUUGAAGUCGAAUAAUAUUCCUGCAAGUACUAAACCCUCCCAAAGUUUCCUGCAAGAGCCCAGCGCCGACUUCCAACCGCCCCAGCAGCCCCAACAGCCCAACAACCAGCAGUCCACUAGGCAAUCUCAUUUACUUCAAUUCAACCAACAACAAUUUAUCCCCGAGAGUGGACCGUAUCUGAACCAACCGUUAUUCUUAGGGCCCCAAAUCAUAGCAGCGGCACCUUUCUUCCCCACAGUCAGGCAUACCUCCCCAGAACAUACAGCCGAUAAAUCCGAUCCAGAUUCAGCCUCAAGCUCCCAUUACACCGAAUACACUGCCAGUCAACAAGCAGAACUUCCAACUUCCAGUCGAAGGCCAACGUUCAUACAACAAAUUACGGCAGCGGCACAAGAGCCUACGAGUGUGCCACAACAGGCUGUAACUCAGACCACAGCACCACAGUUACAGUACACUCUCAACAACACGAGCAGUCAGAAUAACGAGGGUGAAGGAGAAGAAAUUCAACUGUUGUACGUUCCUGUGGAAACACUGAACCACAGAGCGAGAAAUCUGGGCAAAUCUAAAUCUUUGCCACAUAACCAGCACAAUGUAGUCAACCAACAACUACAGGGAGCUGACAGUAACAGGUUCACUAGCCCAGGGCAAAGUUUUGACUUUACGACAAGAAAACCACAUCUUGAAGAUCACGAAAACUUCAAUACUCAAACGUCUAAACAGCAAUACAAAUCCAAACAAAAUUUCCAACACCAGCAGCAGUUUCCUCCGGAAGACCAAGAAAAGUACAAUACCCAAACACAUAGUGUGAGACAACAGUUUAAUAUCAACCCACAAGGUGACCAAUUUCAGCAACAGGCACAAAACUUUAAACUAGAAGGCCAGAACAUAAAACAGCAGUAUAAUUUUAAAACCGAUGAUCAUUUUCAAAUACAAGCUCAGCAAGACCAAGUAAACCCAAGCUUGCAAUUUAACAACCAACACAACGAUCAUUUUCUACAACAACAAAUUCGUCAGGAUAUUGCAAACACACACUCUCAAAUCCAUAACACCAGACAACACAAUGUAAAACUAAACGAUCACAAUCAAGAUCAAAUCCAACAGGAUCAGGCAAGCUUCAGUGUUCAAAAUAAUUUUAAUGCAAAUGAUCACUUAAAUGCACAGCAAAAUAUUAAUAUCCAACAGCAACAACCACAAGUGGAACAAACAAACUUUAACACGAGACCACAGACAAAUCAACAGCACUUGCAUGGCAACCAUCAAUUUCAACAACAACAAGUCAACCAACAAGCAUUGAGGACUGUUAAGGAACAACCAUACGUUAAUCAGCCCUUGAAAUUAGAUGAACAUUUAGGAACAGGACAAGGUCAAAUCCAGCAGCAUUUUUCAACACAGCAAACUCAAUUGCAGCAACAAUUCGACCUACCUGAAGUUAAUCAUCAAACUGUGGCUCCAGUAACCCAAACAAGGGUGCCUGAUGCAUUGACCACUCAACACAUUACCAGUCAGAACUACAGAAACCAACAACAAGAUGUGACAAGAAAUGUACAACAAAACUCAAAUGACGCAUUUACAACUCAACUUACUGCUAGUCAGAACUACAGAAAUCCACAACAAGGUGUGACAAGAAAUGUACAACAAAAUUCAAAUGAUGCUUUGACUACUCAACAUAUUACCAGUCAGAGCUACAGAAAUCCACAACAAGACGUAAUAAGAAAUGUGCAACAUAACUCAAAUGGUGCAUUGACUACACAACAUGCUGCCAGUCAGAACUUCAGGAAUUCACAACACGAUGUGACAAGAAAUGUGCACCUAAAUUCAAAUGAUGCAUCAACUACUCAACAUAUUGCCGGUCAUAAUUACCGAAAUCCACAACAAGAUGUGACAAGAAAUGUGCAACACAACUCAAAUGCUCAGUUUACAAGAAAAUUUCCACAAGAUUAUCAAUCUGCAGUAACCACUUCACAGCCACCCUCACCUGAAAAUGUCAACGUUCCAGCCCACAGUGUAACACAAAACCAACAACCAUCUUGGUCAAACCAGAACCAACUCAACCAAGAACAACACUUCAAUCAACAACAACUCCAGCAGUUCCAAGAAAACAUAAAUCUUAACCAGCAAGUAUUGAAAGAGGAUACUCAAUUUCAUCCCGAACACGACCAUAUAUCGAGUGUAUCCUCCUUACCAUCUACUCUUCCAUCUCUACAAACCACACCAGCACCAAACCAACCACCUUUAUCAGUUUAUAUGGAAACAACAGAAAAUAACAAAGUUAAUGAUGUCCUAAGAUUACUUAAAAAUGCUAAAACAAUCCAAGUACUAGAUACAGUUGGACCUGAAUCCCCACAAGUAUUUGUAGGACCAUCCAACUUAAAAGCACCUGCAGGCUAUAUUAAAUUUGAAUUGCCUUACUUGAAUUCAUUAGAAAGCAACAGAGUUGAAAGAAAAGUUGAUAAACUUCCAUUUUUUGUUGCCCCUCUGAAUUUUAAUCCUCCUCCUGGAUAUUCUAAGAUACCAUUUCCAGCUCCUCAUAUCGGAUCUGUAGUGGUCUCGAAUGUAACUGUUUUAAAGACUGCACUUCAUGAGAAGCCAUAUGAAAAUGAUCAAGUAGUGAUAUCUUCAACAGAACGAUAUCUGGAUCAGUUUACGUUACCAGCUGAGAUCCCGCCGAUCAGCCCUCAGUUGCCUUCUCUGAUCAACUCACUCAGAGAUGAAGUUUUUACUGGCUCUUCUACAACUGCAUUGCCGUCAACAACUACAGAACCGGCAGCUGUAUUCACGACUCAGGCCUACAGAGGAAGAGGACCCAGCAGAGGUUCCCACAGAGCUACUUCCAACUACCAAACAUCAGCGUCACCAACAAGAAGGCAACAUUCUCGAACAAGGAGGCCAUAUGAUGGGCGGCCUUACUCUCGCAGACAGCCAAUAACAACUACUACUACCACAACCACUACAGAAGAGCCAUCUACUGAAGCUUUUGUGCAGCCAUUCACAACUCAACCAGAGCAAUUAGCAUACAACAGUAACGAUUAUAUUCAAAAUACUGCGGCACCUAUCAAUUUACAAACAGGAAAUGGCCAAUCUAAUUUCCAAUCUAAUACCGGUGAAUACUUUGAUGAGCGUUUUGUUGCCAACAAUUAUAAUCAAGACCACUCAGUUUCCCAACAGCAAGUUACACAGUCAGUACAAAAUCAAAAUAUUCCAACACCAACUAUCAACAACUUCCAAGGUUCUGAACAAUACCAGCAGCAUUCAGAGAUACCCCAUAAUAGAUAUACAGGGGAGUCUGUCGUUCAAACUACUGUUCUUCCAACUGUAUCUGUUCCAGACGUACAAACAGAGGAACACACUUUCAAAAGUCAAAGAACAAAUGACAUUAGAAGGGACCCUUUAAGACAACACCAGAGGUUUAGAGGAAGGCAAAGAAUUACUACUACUUCUACUACUACAGAAUCUUACGAAGAACCAGUCCAACCAAUAGAAAACAAAUUUAGUCAACAAGGAGGUCAUAGACUGAAUUAUCAGAACUUACCCAGUAGACAAACUCUUAGAAACAAUAACCACCACAGACUAGUGGAGAAUACACACUUUGAAGCUAAUGCUCCACUCAAUAAAUUUGCCGUUCAGACAGAAAGAGCUGAUGUAAAUUUCCAAACAACAGAAAGAUUAAUUCCUUCACAAAAAGAUCAAUACAUUCAACAAAAUGUGAAUGAAGAUAGAUUUAGUACUCAGAUUAACACAGGGAGUCGGUUUGAACAACCACCACAAAUUUCUGAUCCUACAAUUCAACAAGUAGGUCUCCAGCAACAGCAGGUUACACAGGCACAGUUUGAUACAAACCCUGAACAAUCUAACUUUAAUGCAAACUAUUCUCAAAAUGGUUUUGAUUUUGUGUCAACACCUCAACAGAACACCCAGACUCAGUAUACAACAAACGAAUUCCAACAAAUAAAUGUUCAGAAAGAUACUCCACACCAAGCAGACAACUUUCACGAAGCUCAGCCGAAAAUCCAGCAGGUAAAUUCAGAAGAGAACAGGCCAAUUAGCUUAUCUCCUGUACAGUCGCAACAAAACUAUUUUGACCAAAUUCAACAGCAAAGACAAUCUACUAUUCAAGAGCAAGUUCCAUCCAUUAAUCAACAACAAUUUAGUCAUGAACAGUCAUUCCAACACUCUCAAGAAAAUAUUAGGGAACCUUCCAAUAUUAAUCACAACCUACAAGGACAACAUGUUUCAACUACAGGUCAUUUUGAACAAGUAACUGAAAUAGCGGCUCCUGCUUAUCAAGCAACCGCUGUUCAAGUAGAAGAUGGAUCACAAUCCAAAGUCGAAGAGGAUCCUCGAGUACAGCAAUAUAACCAACAACACUUUGUGAAAUAUAACAGGGUUGUCGGUAAAACUCCAGAAAAUGUUAAUUUUGCACCAGCUGAAGAACAAACCGUGAACACAAGAAGAGGACAGAAUCAAUACCAAAUAAACAUUGAUAGUUCUGAUGUCAGCACUACAGAAGCCGCGGUAACCAGAGCAUCUCUUGUGCGAGUGAGAGGAAGGGUUCGUAAUAGACAGCGAGGAUCAACUAGAAACUAUCAAACAACAACAACUGAAGCACCAAACUACCCAACAACAUAUCUGAGUAGGCAAAGGAAUCAUCCAGAAAAGGAAGAAAAUCAAGAUUACAACUCAAGGAAACGAAUCAACUACGGUGUUAGGCCCACAUCAGGUUCAUUCAGAAACAGUAAUUUCAACAGGGAAGUUAACCGAGACCAGAGUGUAACCGAGGCUAAUUAUGCCAUAACUGAGAAACAGUUGACUCCAGAUGGAUUUGUAGAGUAUCCAGAAGUUUCCACCACAACAACCACAACUGAAACACCAUCCACCAAACCUUCUAGGAGAUAUCAGCAUAUUCUCAACAGAAACAAACUCCGACGAACAAGACCGACUAAUUCUCCUGUAUCUUCAGGCACAACUAAGUUUCUACAACCUACAACUUCGCCUCCAGUGACACGUCUACCAAGCAGCAGAGCACGAAUUCGUAAGCCAGGGACCACAACAACAACAACUUCUACGACCGAGUAUCCUCAAGUGAAUCCAAGUUGGAACGAAAGAGACAAUUUUGCACCUUCAGCGGGCAGCAACGAAAUACUGGAACCUCUUUAUCAAACUAGAGACAAGCAGCAACCAUCGUUUGGUUUUCAACGAGCCCCUAUUCUCCAGAAACAAAGACCGCAGCCAGCGUCUUCAGACGACGAUGAAUUCUGGAACCAGGCAGUAACAAUCCAGCAGAGUACGAGUUUUGAUUUCAAACCGGAUCCUUCAGCUGUAACACCUCCUUCCUUCCAAGCGAAUACCGGUGAGGCUCAGGGAACAUUUGCUCCGAUUUGGGAUGGCCAGAUAGAGCUACAGGAUGGAAACUACUAUGACUAUUUCCAUCAAAAGCAAAUCGAGAAGAACAUUAAUGAUCAGACUCCGUUCUCAUCAGAUCAGCAAAAGGUCGUCUAUAAGGAGAUUAAAAGCAGACGACCCAUUGGCAAAGAAAACCAAUAUACUGAGAAAACUUAUGAGAUCAGAAGGCCAUCUGUCAGUGAUGAGGAGGAUAUUCCUCAGAAUGAAAGGGUAUAUCCCGUUUAUAGAGAGAUAAUAAAACCAGCUGAAACCAUUCAAGAUGAAAUCACCCAAACUGUUGUAGAUGCAUAUGGAGUAGAAGGAAAAUAUUUACAUGAAAAAGAUAUAAAUGAGUCAUCCGAACAGCAGAUAAAAAAUAUUCAAAAUGAGGAAACACCUAAUGUAGAAGGAGAAAGUCAGCAGCCCAAGGUGGGUGCCCUUAAAAGGAAAAUUAUCGCUACCAACACAGGAAAAAAGGGAGGAAGAAGGCGAGGUAGCUGGGUACGAGUGAGAGUGCGUAAGCCACAAGAUAUGUUUGAGACAGCGGAAUCACAGAAUCUGGCAAGCCUGUCGGAGAACGCAAUCCAAGCAGCGACGAAGGCCACGAGUGAUAAGGGGACAGGGUCGUGGAGCACAGAAUCUACAACAGAGGUCCAGUCCUCUACAGAAGCCCAGACAACGACAGAGGCCGUCAGCGAGCCUGCAGAAACCAUCAACUUUGAGGAGGCCCUCAAGGACAUGCUGAAGGAGUUCAUCACCAAUCCCGAGGAGGACAAUAAGGAGGAAGUUGAUACGGAAGGAAACACUGACUCAGCUGUGAACUGGGCAACUGAUGUCUCCACCUCAUCGGAGGAACCAAAGGAAGAGGAACCGAAGGAAGAGGAACCGGAGGUGACGAACCUUGGAGAAAAACAAAAUGUCGAUGUCACGACCUUAGGAGAAGCUGAACAAGAGAAGACCACCAAAGAAGAUGCGAAACAAGAAGAAAGAGUGAGAACUGUUCUUCCUGAGGUGACAACAGAAAUAUUCACCCAAGAGCCAACAACGAUUUUCCAAACCAUAGAAAAUGUUGAAACGACUCUAGAACCGGACGUGACAACUUCCCCGAACGAACACGUGUACCAACAGCAUUCGAGGGUACUCGGGACAUCAACAACAACAGAGAUUUCUCUGGAAACAGAGAUCUGCUACAGAGGGCGCUGUGUCAAGACAAAAAAGGCAGAUGGUGAGAGUGAUUUGUUAACGACAGAGUAAAACUUUGCCAUAAAGUCUUGUGAAAGUCAAAUCAGAACUAUUAAAAGUGAAGACAAGGACACUAACUGAAGUGCGAUUGUUUAUUUUGUAAAGAUUAUUUAUUGUCCACGAAUAUUUAUCAGUCUUCCUCUUAAGAAUUGUUCUGAUAUAAGUGAAUCGAACAUUGUGUACAGUACCAUUAUACAAAUUAUCUUGUGUUAUCUACUGAAUAUGACUGAUAUUGUAUUAUAAGCUCAAGCAUCUAUGUUAUUUAUACUUAACAUUGUAAGAAAAUAGCUUUAGGUAUUUAAUGUAAUGAUAGAUUCAUUGAAUGUUUGUAAAGACAACGAUUUGUAUAAAAUGAAUGAUGCAACUCA